AUGGACCAGUCGGACGAGUUGAUACGUAGGGUGUUGGACGAGAGGUCACUGGAGGCCCUUUCUACGCUGAAGCACAUAAAUAAGGAAAAGGGAGAGAUGCUGCAAAGUGCACUUGCACAGCACUUCUAUUCCGUAAGAAGGCCUAUCUCCUACAGCGAGUACAUCGAGAUUGCAAAAAAGAUCGAAGAAAAAAACUCCAAGCCUAGUGUUAAUUUCAGGAGAAGAGGUAACUUCUUUGAGUUGGACGACAUAUAG